UAUAUGCCAGCGCCUGGAUUCUAUCAAUACGGGCCAGUGCAAGAUGUGGGUAGAUAUGCAUCGUUUAUUCCAUUGUUUAAAAAUAGGCCUAGUUCUUGGUCAAAAGAAAUACAAAUGAUAGAUGAAUCAAACAAUGCAUCGUCGGCACAAGUGCCAACUUCUAGGCCAUCAUCGGUAGCUUUCGAGAUUGAGCCAGCAACUGAAGUGUUGGUAUGUUAGCCUACCGCUGAAAGUAUAGCAGAGACACCGCUUUUCUCAGGUUCGAUGGAAUGUUUACUAAAUCAUAACAAAGUUUCUGAUUCUUCAACUCAUGUCGAAGACACAAGUGAAACUAACUCUUCCCACUUGGAUCAGGUUAAUGCAGGAAAUUUCAUUAAACAUACAAAUAUUACUGAAAUUAUCGAACCAGAAAUACCCUCGAAUAGAAAUCGAGAAAGAAAAAUCGAUGAAAUUUCUAAUAUUUUCGAUGACGAAGGAUUUUCUUCUAACAAUUUCGACGAGCGUAAGAAUGAAGAUUUUGAUUAUUCUCCGGAACAAUUCACGGAAACGGUGGACGACAUCUUCAUUCACAGACCGUUAAAAUGGGCUUUUAUAAAUUUUGAAAGAUUUUCUCUUGUGAAUGAAAUAAUUUAUGAAGAAGACGAGUUCGAAUACGAAAGGUUAUCAUCAGAAGACGAUGAUUCCAUCCACACAGAAAGCGAAUUAAGAAACAAUGAACAUUCCGAUGAUGUCGUCGACUAAAUUAACGAAAUUCAACAAAUGAAUGUUGAAAGUGAAGUGUCAUCAAUAUCUUCUACGAAAGAUGACAUUGAGGAAGAAAACUUUGUUUAUAAUAUGAAUACGACAUCACUACAAGUCAUUCAAUGCACCAAAAGUGAAGAAGGUGAGAGAGUGUAUGAUGAUAAACAGAAACAAAAGCAGGAGUUUCAAGACGUAACUGAAUGCGAAGAUAGCAAAAAUGAGGAUGAUAGAUCUUUAUCCGACACGGAAACGAUCGAAGAAUACGAAAGAAAAGUGAGAAAAUAUUUUCUACAUUUCAUUAGUUUAGUCCAUGGUUGCACAGACUUAUGAAGACUAG